AUGGAUCAUGAAGGACAAUCAAUGAGUGCUUCUUACGAAGAUCAGUGGUUACUAGGUAGUAGUGAAAGUAAGCCAAAAGGGGUCGACAACCUGUCGCGUUCCCGUGGUUUAUCUGAUCCGGGUAAUAAAGAGAAAAAAACAGUAAUAAAUUCAGCUAGUAUUGCUACGAGCUCAAAAGCAAUAAAACGUAUCUCGGGAGGAAUUGGCGCUGGUGGUGUAGGUCCCAGUUCUGGUGGUGUAGGUAGUAGUCCUUCAUCACGAGUGAAACCCUCAACCGAAGGUGGUCUUGGUAAAGAUAAAAAACAGUUAACUGAAACCAUUUCAGCUAGUCCUCCAAAAUCUAGUAAACGACAAUCUCCUGGCGGAAAUGCAUUGUUUGUUCAGACAGCAGCUACAACAAUGAUGACGUCUGCAAAUUCUACAGGCAAAAAAUCUAUGAAAGAAAUGACAAAAGCGGAAAGACGUGCCUUACAAGAACGUCAACGAGCAGAAAAGGCUGCCCGUAGCUCUCCGAAUACUGCCGCUUCAAAGAAAGCACCACAAACAAAUGAGAACGUGACACCUACUCCUUCAGAAAAAGCUGGUUCUAAUACUUCUGGGCAGUUUGAAACUAUACCUGUAACAAAGAAAUCAAAUGUAUCUGGAGGAAUUUCCAAAGGCACAAAUACUGCGUCGGCGCCAAAGGAGAUUCAUCCUGCUGUGUUGGUUCUUGGAUUACAAUUUGCCGAGUAUAAAAUUUGUGGUGCUAAUGCAAGAUGUAUCGCUACGUUAACUGCCUUUAAAAAGGUCAUUCAAGAUUACAAAACACCAAAUAACACCACGUUAUCACGACAUCUUCAAACACAUUUAUCCGCACAAAUCAAUUAUCUGAAAAAUGCACGUCCAAUGUCAGUUAGCAUGGGGAAUGCUAUAAGACAUAUAAAAUGGGAGAUAUCCACCAUAGGCUACGAUUCAUCAGAUAACGAGGCCAAAGAAUUAUUAUGUAAAAAAAUCGAUGACUUCAUUCGCGAUCGUAUUACGGUUUCGGAUCAAAUGAUUGUUGAACAUGGUCUGCAAAAAAUUCAAGAUGGAGACGUUAUUCUUACUUAUGCAAGGUCUUCAGUUGUACAAGAGUUAUUAUUGAAAGCUCAUGCCAAAGGAAUAAAAUUUCGCGUGAUUGUAAUUGACUCAAGACCUAGAUUAGAAGGUAAGAAACUUUUGAAAUGUUUGACGGAGGCAGGUAUAAACUGCACAUACGCAUUUCUGCAUGCAGUUGGUUUCGUGUUGCGGGAUGUAUCAAAAGUUUUCCUGGGUGCACACGCGUUUAUGUCUAAUGGUACAUUGUAUUCGCGUGUCGGCACUGCAUUGGUUGCCAUGAUGGCCAAGGAUAAUCAUAUUCCGGUAAUUGUGUGUUGUGAGACAUACAAAUUCACGGAUCGCGUACAAUUGGAUUCCUUUGUUAUGAAUGAGCAAGGCAAUCCAAAUGAACUUGUAAAUAUCUCUACCAGCAUCACUUCAAAACCUGGUCAGCUUGCCGGUUGGCUCCAACAACCGGAUCUAAAACUAUUAAAUUUGAUGUACGAUUUGACGCCGUCCCAAUAUAUCACUACAGUCAUAACAGAGAUUGGAAUGAUUCCAUGUACAAGUGUUCCUGUGGUAAGCUUACGACAAGAUUUUAAGAGAGUUCAAGUAAGUGCUGUCUUGCAGGGGACAUACGAUUUCUUUGUUUUUAUUAAUAAGUUGAAACGAACAAAGGGUGCAUCAUCAACUUGA